UUUUAGAUUAAACAUUACUAUUAUUGUUGUCUCCCUGCGAUGGUGAAAGGGGAUCUUGAAAACGCCAUUUUUUCUCUUUGUAUUUGGCCAUCGUUAUUCAGGCUGAGAAGAGGAAGCUAUCAGAACGUGUUGGAGCUACAAUUGAGUAGAGCAAUGGAGAACCAUUAUUGCUAAACCAAUUCGUUUGUUGCAACUCUCAUUUCAAACCUAAGAACGAUUAAACAACUGUCACAUUUGCACGCUUCGAAUGGGAGAAAUGGUUCUGUAGCGAAGCAUUUUGAGUAGAGGAAUGUGAUUGAGAAGCCCUUUUUCCUGCAGUACUAGUAGUAAUUGUUGUUGCGAAAAUGUGGAGGAGGUUCAUCGAGAUCUUGAGCGUUUAUCGCUCUCAGAUUCACUAGUAUGACGACAGCCCUGCCAUUAUUUCUCGUCUGUACUAGGGUUUUCUACCGUAGACAUUUCCAUUCCCGAACUGGAUUUUGACUUGUCUCCAUGACAACUACUAAGCGUGCUUAUAAGUUACAGGAAUUCGUAGCUCAUUCUUUAAGCGUGAACUGCUUGAAGAUUGGAAGGAAGUCAUCCAGGGUUCUUCUAACUGGGGGAGAAGAUCACAAGGUUAACCUUUGGGCCAUUGGCAAGCCCAAUGCCAUCUUGAGCUUGUCAGGUCAUUCAAGCGGAAUUGAUUCAGUUAGCUUUGAUUCUUCAGAGGUAUUGGUAGCUGCUGGAGCGGCAAGUGGUACUAUCAAGCUUUGGGAUUUAGAGGAGGCCAAGAUUGUUCGCACACUCACUGGACACCGAUCCAACUGUAUAUCAUUGGACUUUCAUCCCUUUGGUGAAUUUUUUGCAUCUGGGUCUCUUGAUACAAACCUAAAGAUUUGGGAUAUCAGACGCAAAGGGUGUAUCCACACAUACAAAGGUCACAGCAGAGGUGUCAAUGCCAUCAGAUUCACUCCAGAUGGCCGAUGGGUUGUAUCUGGUGGGGAAGACAAUACUGUCAAGCUUUGGGAUUUGACUGCAGGAAAGCUUUUACACGAUUUCAAAUGUCAUGAAGGGCAGAUUCAGUGCAUAGACUUUCACCCCCAUGAGUUUCUACUUGCAACAGGUUCUGCUGACAGAACUGUAAAAUUCUGGGACCUUGAAACUUUUGAACUCAUAGGUUCAUCUGGACCUGAGACAUCUGGGGUGCGCUGUAUGACCUUCAAUCCCGAUGGAAGAACCCUUCUCUGUGGUUUGCAUGAGAGUUUGAAGGUUUGCUCGUGGGAACCAAUUAAAUGUCAUGAUACGGUAGAUGUUGGAUGGUCUCGAUUGUCGGAUCUUAAUAUUCACGAAGGGAAACUCCUUGGCUGCUCUUACAAUCAAAGUUGUGUUGGAGUGUGGGUUGUGGAUAUUUCGCGUCUUGAACCAUAUGCAAUGGGUAUUACUACUCGAUUGAAUGGUCAUUCUGAUGUAAAAUCGAAUUCGAGUGUGAAUUUAUCCAAUCUGGCCGAGGAUGCUAGCAAAGCCAAUUUGGGUAGACUCUCAAUUUCUCAAAAUUCUGAUCCUGUUAAAGAGACCAAAUCUUUUGGAAGACUUUCAGUUUCACAAAACUUGGAUCAAAGGGAUUCUAGGGCUCUUACUACUACUGCAAAUGCACCUGGCACUCCUCAAAGAAUAAAUCUGAGUGUUGGCUCGAAAGCAGCUCCAAUUAAUACAACAGCAGUUCCAAAUACAACUGUUCUGAAGAGGAAUUCAGCUAAAGCCCAUUCAACAGCGAAUUCUUCCAUUAUCAAUAGGUCAGAGAUCAUACCUGUUAUCGUUCCUAGAAAUAAUGAUAGAAUGGAGCAAGCAUCUGAAUCCAGGAAAGAAGGAAUCGCAACAAGGGCAAUGCAGCAGUCAUUGCAGACAAAAGUCUCUGAUUUACGGAAGUUUCCAACUCUCAAGGAAGACCUUGGGAGGUCAAAUGCUGUGUCACAGUCUGACAUUGAAGUCCCUAAUGCUAUUGAAUUCGGCAGUAUAGCAGACAAGAAUAUUUUCCCUUCAGUUAAAUGCUCAAUACUUGGAACUGCAGCAACUGAGAGGAAUGUGAAGGAUGACAAUAGUCUUGUCUCAACAAAACCUGAAGUGCAUUCAGCACCUGAGUUACUUUCCAGAAACCAAAAUGAAAAUUAUGAAGCAUGUGGAAAUGUUGUUAGGAGUGUUAAUCCCAUGGAAGGUCAAAGAAGAGCAAGGACACGGUCUAUUGUUGCAAAUUGGGAGAAGAGAGAGAGGAUUCAAUAUCAAGAGUGUCUUGCUCCCAGCAAUGUUGUUGGGACAGUACCGGCUCUGAAUAUGCUUCCAAUCAGUUCGAGAGGGCAUCCUUCAUCAGCGGGAAGUGUAACAGUUUCUGCUACAGAUGAGGAUGCCAUCACUGACUUGAUGGAACAACAUGACCAAUUUGUUGGCUCAAUGCAAUCUCGUUUGGCCAAAUUAGAGGUUGUUUAUCAGUACUGGCAAAGACAUGACAUUAAAGGGGCACUUAAUGCAACGGAGAAGAUGGCAGAUUCUGCAGUGCUUGCUGAUGUAAUAAGCUUUUUAACAGAGAAAAAUGACAUGAUUACAUUAGAGAUUUGCACAUGCCUUCUACCACUACUUGGGGGGUUGCUUGAGAGCAACUUGGAUAGGCAUCAAGACAUUUCAUUGAUUAUGCUGCUCAAACUUGUUAAAGUAUAUGGUUCAGUGAUUUAUUCUUCAAUGUCUGCACCAGCAUCAGUUGGUGUUGAUAUUGAGGCAGAGCAAAGGAUGGAGCGCUACAACCUUUGCUUUGUUGAGCUUGAAAAAGUAAAAAAUUGGCUGCCCGCUCUAACUAGAAGGGGAGGGUCCAUUGCCAAGUCUGCUCAGGAGCUGAGUCUAGCACUUCAAGAUUUUUCGUGAGUUAAAUGCAAUAUUGGAUGGAUUAGUAAGAGUUAUAUUUUCGGCAGUAACCAUGAUGUUCAUAUGGAGUGGCUUUUGGAGCUCUGGAGCUGCCCGUGCUUUUACCUUGCAGAGUUAGCAUUCUGCAUGUAUAUUCCUGCCAAGACGAAAACAUUGACAACUCAUAUUCUUAUUAACUGAUUACUGAGAGCUAGGGGACAACUUGAUCUACACAGCUGCUGCUCCAAAUGUUUGGCAAUUGAACGUGCAUGGUGGAGGAUCCAUCGUAUUUAUUCACAUCUAACCCUGGAUACCUGAUAUUCACAUGUCGAUUUGUAUUGUAGGUUUGAGUAAAGUCAUGUAUCCAUAUGAUAAUUUCAGUUUCAAUAGAAG